AUUUAUUUUUCUUCUUCGUAGCUGUUUCUUCCAGCUUUCAUUUUUUGCUGCACCAAUUUUUAUUAUAAUAUUUACGCAGUUCUUUUGGUAUAUUAUUAAAGAAAUUUAUAUAAAUAUAAAUACAACAGGAAAUUAUUUCCAGCCUUUAAAAAAUGAGUUAUAAUACACGUCUUACGGAAGAAUGUCCUUUAACAAAGGAAAAAACUCACAAAUACAGAUUGUGCAUCUACUGCGGCAAUGGGCUAAGAUUCAUCAUUGUUUGUUUUGUUGCAUUGACUUUUGCCAUCACUACAAUGCUAGUGUUGCAAAUUCUUUAUACUGAAAUACCACAGAACAAUCUUCAUAAUAUUCAUGGAGCAGUUGCUACAGAUUAUGCCAAUUGUUCUCAAAUUGGCACUAAAAUAUUAACGAGAUCAGGCAAUGCAGUCGAUGCCGCAGUAGCAGCAACCAUCUGCAUGGCUGUGGUAGCGCCUCAUAAAACUGGUCUUGGCGGAGGUGGUUAUAUAAUGAUAUACAAUUACAAAAAUCACACAGACUAUAGUGAUCCAAUUAUCAUUGAUUUUGCAAGUAAUACUACUAGAGUAGGUUCCUUUGGACGUUUGCCAGCUCUAUUAAAGGGAUUAGAGUUCGCUCAAAGAUCAUAUGGUAAUUUGCCAUGGCGCGAUAUCAUAGAACCUGCUGCCAAGUUAGCUCGAGAGGGAUUCGUAGUAUCCAAAGAUCUAGCGGAUGAAGUGUCAAAGAAUCGGAUGCUUUACGGUCCUUUGAAUCCGGGAGAUAUAUUGCAGUUGCAGGAACUUGCAAAUACAUUGGACACUGUGGCAGAAUAUGGCGCAAAUGCAUUAUAUAACGGUACUUUAUCCUAUAAAAUUUUACACACUAUCUUCCAUGAGGAAUCGCAGCAAUUAGCGAAUUAUCAUCCUAUUGUGACGUCUGCAAAAAAAUCAAUAUUACAUCGUCAUACAAUUUAUUAUCCGUCACAUGCGAUGUUUAUGCAAAAGAUAAUCCAAGCACUGGAAAGUCUUCCAAUUUCAGAAAAUGCAUCUACUAUAGAAUCUCAAGUUCUCGUUGCUCAGACAUUGAUGCGCGUAUAUUCAUCAUUUCCUUUAAGCAUUCGACAUAUUUUAGCAAUAGACGAAACAACAUACACUGGAGUCAUGGCGAUGGAUUGGCAAGAUACCUAUGUUAGCGUUUUAACCGGUCUAAGUUCACCAUUGGGCUCUCAAAACAUGACGAACGCUGGGUUUUUAUUAGACAAUUUCGAUGCCAAUGACUUGGAAUCAUUCAUCCCUGUUAUUUUCCAUCACAACGAAGAAAUGUGUGGUUUACGUGGAGUAUUUGGUUCGAACGAUAGUUUUCUAAAUGGCGAGAUCCUCUAUAAUCUUAUCAUGCGCUCUCUAAAUGUUUCCGCUGCGAUAGAAUAUCCUAGAUACUAUUUUUCCUCUGAUAGUAUUUCUUUUAUGAAGAUUGAAAAUAAUCAAAAACAUUCAAUGGAGAUUGCAUUGCAAGCUCGAUUAUACUCCAUGAUAUCAUCUCACGACAAUAACUUACCCAUAAAAAGUGUAAAUGCAGUUAUUAAGAAGAAAGAUUUGCUAUCGAGUCACUCAGAUAGUCGUGGAAAUGGAAUUUCAUCACGAUUUUAAGCCGUAUACAAGGCUCAACUUAUCUUCGAGAAUCUCGCAGAUUACACAAUACUGUGAUAUUAAGAGAUAAUGUCGGAUACUUAUGAGCAUAUAAUAUAGAUGUAGAAAAA